AUGUCGGAUAACGGAGUCAUUGAUUACAGCAGGAUGGUUGGGAUUGAUAGGGUCUCACAGCGAACUGUCUAUUGGUCUCAUAAACCCAGAGGCCCUCGCAGCCAUCAUCAGUAUCCUCCCUUGUCGAUGCGGCCUGAGUUCAGUCGAUCGACAUCCUCGUUGCCCUCACAUCCAUCUCCAGGACCAUAUCAGUAUGGCACAGGACCUAGUCGCUCAAGAACACCAAGCAGAAUACAGUAUUGGGGUCCGCGGCCUCAAUACCGACAGACAAGCUCCAGCGACCAAAGUAUUCGGUCAGCCAGUUUGACGUCUAUUGUGGAGAUGUAUCAGGGAAUGCCACUGGAUACCAACGUGCCACCACCACGCGCGGCAGGCUCAUUUUACUACGACUAUACCGAAGAGUUCGAAACGGAGGCCCCAUAUGAGCAGGAGUAUGCUCCUCCCCUUUGUCCAAUCCCUCAGAGAGCAGGGGGAAUCAGACAUCCAUUCUUGCUGAGGACAGACGGCACAGAGACCAUGGACGAUUCAGAUACCCCUCCGGCCAUCGAUUCAAGUGGAACCAACCUCAAAGAUCAAUUUGAAGCUCCGUCAGAAAAAGACACAGAUUUUCAGUCAGACGCAGACUUUGACAAGACUGGUCAACAGGCUGCUCAAGGUUACCAACGAGCACAUGAAGAUGCUCUAUCCCCUCGCUGCGCUUCAGUUGGAAGCAGUGUCACCAUUGACUCUCAAUAUGUUUUGGCAUAUGCAAGACGUGUGCAUUCAAGCUCGGCACCACCUGCGGAUGUACAGCAUUUGAUGGAACAAGUUGAAGUCGAUGGCUUCUAG